GCGCUGCGAGGUUCCUUCAUGCGCCAGCAGGGAGGUUGGACGGUGGCUGUUGUUGUGUAAAGGUUAGAGAAGGGCGCUUUCUUUCGUCAGAAGAGGAAGACGAAGCAUUUCGAAGACAUGCCCCGUGUGUAUAUUGGCCGGCUGAGCUACCAUGUCCGUGAGAAGGACAUCCAGAGGUUCUUUAGCGGCUACGGGAAGCUGUUGGAGAUCGACCUGAAGAACGGAUACGGCUUCGUGGAGUUCGAGGACACCCGCGACGCGGACGACGCCGUGUACGAGCUGAACGGGAAGGAGCUGUGCGGGGAGCGGGUGAUCGUGGAGCACGCCCGAGGACCACGAAGGGACAGAGAUGGAUACGGUGGGGGUUAUGGCGGACGCAGUAGUAGUGGUUACAGCAGAAGCCGCUCCGGCAGAGACAAGUAUGGGCCUCCUGUCCGCACUGAGUACCGCUUGAUUGUGGAGAACCUUUCCAGUCGCUGCAGCUGGCAAGACCUUAAGGAUUUCAUGCGGCAGGCUGGAGAGGUGACGUAUGCAGACGCCCAUAAGGAGCGCACCAACGAGGGCGUGAUCGAGUUCCGCUCCUACUCCGAUAUGAGAAGGGCUCUGGAGAAGCUGGACGGCACGGACAUCAACGGAAGGAAGAUCCGCCUGGUGGAGGACAGGCCAAGGCGCCGGCGUUCCUAUUCUGGCAGCCGGUCCAGGUCCCGCAGUCGGCGCCGGUCCCGCAGCAGGAGCCGCAGGAGCAGCCGCUCGCGCAGCAACUCCAGGUCCCGCUCCCGGUCCCGCUCCAGGAGCAAGCGGCGGUCCCGCUCCAGGUCGGCGCGCAAGUCCCGCUCCAAGUCCCCGGCGCACAAGUCCCGCUCCCGCUCCCGCACCAGGAAGUCCCGGUCCCGGUCCCGCACGAGGAAGUCCCGCAGCCGCUCGGCCAGCAGGAAGUCGCGCUCCCGGUCCGCCACCCGCAAGUCGCGCUCCAAGAGCCGCUCCAAGGCCAAGUCCGACCGCGACUCCCGCAGCCGCUCCAAGGAGAAGUCCGUGGGCAAGAAGUCGCGCAGCCGCUCCCCCUCCCCCGUGGAGAACGGCAAGGGGGAGCGGGCCAAGUCGGCCUCCCCCUCCCCCUCCCCCCAAGCAGACAGCCGCCGCUCCAAGUCUCCGUCCAAGCGCUCCCCCUCCCGGUCCCCGUCGCGCUCCAAGUCCCGCUCCCGGUCCCGGUCCGGCUCGCGGGACUAGCGGCCCGGUCGCGGGGGCGGCCGCCCCAUUUCGGAGGAGGGGGUGAUUUUGUAAUUGGUUUAAGCUGAUCAAACGCAGCUCUGAGCGCUGAAGAUUUGGUCGGUGGUCUUAAUUUUUUUUUUUCUCCUUCAUGUGCUUGAGAUAAUAGCUGCAGUUUCUAAUGAUAACUCAGAUUUUUGUACGUUUGGCCUGAGACCAUAUGUGAGCCAGGAUAUGGGGUGCCAAGAGUUGAAUACCUGAUGAACUCUUUGAUUUGUUUAAUAUUUUUCUAGGAGACAUCGGUGUCACAGUCAUAGUUUUGUGUAUGCCUGGCUUGCUUGACCUUUUUUUUAUUUCACUUUUUGAUCGCCCCUGCAGUCCUGGUUUGAGUCAGUAUUGGGUGUCCCUGUGCAUCCACAACACCUAGGUUGUAUCUGCAUUUUAAAAGGCAAUUUUUGCUUCCCCCCCAAAAGUUCAGAAUAUCCUGUGGCUUGUUUUACCGCAGUGAUUUUGAUUUCUUUUGAGUCCCUUGCCUUGGUAUAAUGUUGACAAUUUGGCUCCACCUUUGUUGCCACAGCAGUCAAAUUGACAUGUUCAAACAUUUGGAUCUUUUGAGACCAGCUUUGGAAAAUUGGCCAGUGGUAAGGACUUUACCUGGAUGUGUAUUUCAUGAUGAGUUGCACUUUUUAUUGCUAAAGUGUAAUCCAUAAAUAAGCAUGUGAACUUUUUACUGUACAGUUAUUAAAGGUUCUUAUGGAAAAAUG